UGGAUAACCACAGACUGGCGGCUUAAAACCACAGGCGUCUAUCCCCUCGCUGCUCUGGAGGCUAGAAGCCCAAAGUCACAUGUCAGCAGGGCCCGCGCCCUCUGGGACUGCAGGCAGAGCCUCAUCUCCGUGGUGGCUGCGGCCACCCAAGUGCUCCUUGUCUCGCAGCUUAACCACCCUGUCUCUGCCGCUUGCUCACCACGUGACCAGCAUCUCCCCUGGCUCCCGCAUGUGUCUGGGCUACACUGCGGUAUCUGUUGCCACUUACCUGUUAGGUCCACCUCUACCCUCCAUUGUUUCCUUCCUUCUGUGUUCUCUGCUCUUUUCCUGGUUUCUGGACUUGGAACCUCACGUCACUGAGCUUAUAUCUUUCUUUACUAACAGAAGCAUUUAUGGCUACGCUUGCUCCCCCUGACCCACAGUUUCACUUUCCGUGGUUUCAGUUACCUGCAGUCAGGUAACAUUAGAAAUGUUAAAUGGAAAAUUUCAGAAAUAAGCAAUUCAUAACUUUAAAUCACACGCAGUUCUGAGCAGUGUGAUGAGACCUCUUGCUGCCGUCCCUUUCCAUCCCACCCGAGACGUGAACUGUCCCUUUGUCCAGCGUCUCCACACUCCGUGCCCUGCCAGUUAGUCACUCAGUAGCUGCCUCGGUGUCACAGAGAGAGACACCACCAUCACAUGACUUAUUACAGCAUGUCGUUACAAUGGUUCAUCUUAUUGUUAAUCCCUUACUGUGUCUAAUCUAUUCAUUGAACUUUAUCGCAGGUAUGUACUAUAGGAAGAAACAUAGUAUCUGUAGGGUUCAUUACUAUCCAGGGGGUCUUGACACGUGUCCCCUGUGUCCCCCGUGGAUAGAGGCAGGUGACUGUGAGUUCUCCCUGAGCGCUCAGUUAGCUGCAUCCCAUAAGCUUUGCUAUGUUGUAGUGUCAUUCAUGAUCACUCAGGUCAGGAUAUUUUGUAACUUUUCUGUUGAUUUCUUCUACCUAUGCACUGUUCGGAAGAGCUCUUCCAUCUCCAGUUUGACAUUUAAACUGCACAAGAUAACAGUGCAGUGUUUGAGUAAACUGGUGCUUUCAUUCUUCAGGAAUUUUGAUUUGAGGCUCUGAUUUCCUUUGUGAUAGUUCCAUUUAGCCCAUAGUUGACAUUCCCUGGAGGAAUGUUUCCAGGGUCAAGGGAGGUUUAAUGAUAAACCCUGUGUACACAAAUCUCGCCCUCAGGUAGCAUGUAGGCCAACGGGACAGGUAACUCCUCAUGACUCAGGGUCCAGUGUGGUGGAUGAUGGGGAAAAGUCACAGGCAUUAGUUUACUUGUUUCAAGAACAUAUAUAUGGAGAUUUUGGUUUGUUUGAUGUUCACAUGAAACCAGGAACCUCAUUUUGCCAAUUUUACUUUUUUUAGGGAAUCAUGAUACCUUCGAGGCUUUUCUCAGCGGGACAGCGAGGUGCAUUUGAGGGCCUGGGGCGCUGGACUCUGUCCCCACAGGCAGUCCUAGGCCGGCUCCUCCUGCAGCAUGCUUUCCCCAAGCUGCUCUCACUUGGCUGUGCAGACUGCGCCAAGGAACCUUCCAGAAAGAAACUGCUCUCCGAGAAAAAACUGAAAAGGCAUUUUGUGGACCAUCGCCGGGUGCUUGUCCGAGGGGGACGUGGAGGCGAUGGGGUGAGCUGCUUCCAUAGCGAGCCCCGGAAGGAGUUCGGGGGCCCUGAUGGUGGCGACGGAGGCAACGGUGGCCAUGUUAUCCUGAGAGUUGACCGGCAAGUCAAGUCACUGUCCUCAGUCCUGUCCCAGUACCAGGGCUUUGAUGGAGAAGACGGUGGCAGGAAAAACUGCUUUGGGCGGAGUGGCGCUCUCCUCUAUGUCCGGGUUCCCCUGGGCACUUUAGUGAAGGAGGGAAACGAAGUCGUGGCUGACCUGUCGUGCCUGGGAGAUGAGUAUGUCGCUGCUUUGGGCGGGGCAGGAGGAAAGGGCAACCGCUUUUUCCUGGCCAACGAUAACCGUGCACCCGUUACCUGCACCCCGGGGGAGCCCGGGCAGGAGCGAGAACUCUUCCUGGAGCUCAAGACCGUGGCCCACGCUGGCAUGGUUGGAUUCCCCAAUGCAGGCAAGUCCUCGCUUCUCCGGGCCAUUUCCAAUGCGAAGCCCACUGUGGCCGCCUACCCAUUCACAACCUUGAACCCCCAUGUGGGCACUGUGCACUAUGAGGACCACCAACAGGUAGCAGUGGCCGAUGUGCCAGGCAUCAUCCGAGGUGCGCACCAGAACCGGGGCCUGGGGCUGGCCUUCCUGAGGCACAUAGAGCGCUGUGGCUUCCUCCUGUUCGUGGUGGACCUGGCGGUGCCAGAGCCCUGGACCCAGAUCGAGGACCUGAAGUACGAGCUGGAAAAGUACAAGCCAGGCCUGUCUGAGCGACCCCACGUUGUUGUUGCCAAUAAGAUCGACCUCCCUCAGGCGCGAGCCAACCUGCCCGCACUGCAGGCUCACCUGGGCAGGAAGGCCAUCGCCCUGUCCGCGGUCACUGGUGAGAACCUGGAGGAGCUGCUGCUGCGCAUCAAGGAGCUGCAUGACCAGCACGUGGCCACCGAGCUGGCCCAGGGCCGCCAGCCACUCAGGUGGUAGCACGCGGCUCUUCAUGGUUGGAGCUGCAAGUAGCGCCUUCCUGCUCAGCUUGGGACACCCUGCAACUCCCUGGCAGCCUGCUCCUGGUGUUCCUGCACCAGCAGCCUGCUCUCUGGCACGCUGAGGUGGGCUCCCCCCUGUAAUUAGUGCCCUGAGUAGUAGGGAACUAGGCUGCCACGUGUGCCGGGAGACUACAACGGCACCAGAGCCAAAGGCACCAGUCCGAUUCCUAAGUGCCAGCCUGCAUAUGAGCAGCUGUCACAGGUGGAUCUGCGGGUCCUCAGUUGUCACCAUGCCCCACAGAGCGACUGGGGUUAGGCGGCAUCUGCAGGCACCACUCUCUGCUCAGAUGCUGUCUGAGCAGUGAGGUGCCUCCCCUGUUGUCCCCAGACCUCUCCAAGUUCUGGGAGCUGAACGUGGCGUCGGCUUCACGACUGAAUGCACCCAAUAUCCGGUCCAGGGACACAGCUUCUGACGCUCAUCUGCGAGUUAUUAACUGAGCUCAGGGUGGCUGGACUCCGAGAGGAGAUGCGGGGCCAUGUCUUUGCCGACAUGGGCUAGGUCCCCACUGCACUGUCACUUCAGGGACCAAAGAGACUGCUGGACCUGCACCAGUCACCAGCCUCUGGUCAGUGCAGAGAACAGGCCAGCUAGUUCAGGACAAUUCUGUGUUCUGAGUGAUGGCAGCUAAGAGGCUGGGUGCUCUGGAAGCCACCCCGCCCUGCUGACUGCAGGGGUCCCAGUGAGGACCGUGCGCUGCUGCCCACUCACUUGUUCAACAGACUACUCUACAACCAGUUUCCCCAAAUAAAAGUCUGAUGCUUCUGA